AUGCUCCAUACUGCGCGCCGUGAGGGCGGGAGGGCGAGGGAAGCCCCAGACCAUAGACAUAGACGAGCGCUUGCGAUCUUCGGCUUCUCCCCCUCGCAGCUACUCGAGCGCCUAUCCCUCAUCGACCCGCCGACUCCGUCCCAUCGCCCCACCCCAAGAAAGCACAUGUGCAACUUCCUCCUCUCCCGCUCGCCGUACCGCGACUGCCUACUCCUCUCCCACUCGCUCCACUUCCAAACUUCCGAGCUCCUCUCCCGCUGCCCGCGCGCACAGAGGCACGGCUGGGAAUACUGCGGGUCUGUGAAGCGGGUCGAGGUGGUGGGGAGGACGCUAGCGGGGGGAUGCGAGGAUUGUGAGAGGAAGAAGGGGCAGGCAGGCAGCGCGGGACAGAGACCGACUCUGACUGACUCAGACUUCGAACAGGAAGACUUUAUGAAGAGCCUUACGACCUACAUCACGCAAACACUAUUCUCUCCCUCGAGCACGCCCUGCGAGAGUGUCUAUGAUCAUCCUUGCCUGCUUGCGAUACAGCAACCAUAA